UACAGAGAAUAUGGGGUGCAUCAGGCAAUCUGUGGCAAAAAAUAUGGGACGGAAUUUAUCUCAGUUUUGGAGAAAAUGAUCUAUUCAUUGGUGUUGCUGGGACCUACAUUGUAACCAUGAGUGUGUUCUGGUUUGCCAACUUCUUUCUCCUUAUAAUGGAGGUAACCAAGUGGCCAAAAAGUUUGAUGAAAUAUAAGAUACAGGAAGAGCCUCUACCAGAGAAACAGAAACCGAUGUUGAUCAGAGCGAUACAAGUAGUGUUGUUUAAUCAAACUGUGAUCACCAUACCCUUCAUGUUUGGGAUGUACUACUUAAUGAAGUGGAGGGGCUGUCACUUCCAAGGGGAACUACCCACCUUUCACUGGUUCCUGCUGGAAUUAACAGUGUUCUCCCUUGUGGAAGAGCUCUUUUUCUACUAUUCUCACAGACUCCUUCACCACCGAAAUCUGUACUCCUACAUCCACAAACGACAUCAUGAAUGGACUGCUCCUAUAGGCAUAAUUUCCCUGUAUGCUCACCCCAUAGAGCACCUAGUCAGUAAUCUUCUGCCCCCUGUCUUGGGCCCCUUUCUGAUGGGAUCUCACCUCUGUUCUGCCUGGCUGUGGUUUUCUAUAGCUCUUCUGUCUACCACUGUGGCUCACUGUGGUUACCACUUCCCACUGUUACCGUCACCAGAGGCCCACGACUACCACCACAAAACGUUUAUUAACAAUUUUGGAGUUCUUGGAAUCUUGGAUCGUCUCCAUGGGACAGACACAGCUUUCCGCAACAGUAAGGCUUAUCAGAGGCACAUUCUUCUAUUGGGAUUAACCCCACUGUCUCAACAGAUCCCAGACUCUCAGUCAAAGAAAGCACGGUGAUGCUGGCCAUGUUCCCAUGGCUGUCUCAACAAAAGAUCUGAAAGUUACCCACCACAUCAUUUGAUGGCACUUAAAUUUAAUGUUUUGAAGUUGUGAAUCUAUUUGUUUAUAAUUAUGAAAUAAAAGUAUUAUUGUCAUGUUUUCUGUGACACUAGUCUGAAAUAAUUGUAAGGCUUACAAUUUUCAUGUCAUGAAUAUAUCAUGAGAAAUGAUUUGAUGCCAAGUGACUACCGAAAAAAUUAUUGCAUGACACAUAAUUUGGUGUAAAAUAAAGAAUCAUUGCUAAACAUUGCAGUAGAGUUCUUCAAACAGCUGUUUUGGUUCAUAUUUAAUUUUACCAUUUAUUGAUACUACAGUAAGAAUCCUUCUACUCUGUUUGUGUUUUGUUUAAUUUUUUUUACUUGCUUUAAUGUUUUGGGAAUGU